GCUUAUCAAAUAAAACAUGGACAUUUAAGCCAUUCUUCCCAUGUUAGAACAAAUUCAAUUUGUGUUCCAACAAACCAUACUUCAUUUCUAGAGUGGUCUAAAAAGCACACCUGUUUAUUCCAGCUGUAUUUGAUCGAAGUAUUCUCAACAGCACACCUGUUUAUUCUAGUCGUAUUUGAUCAAGGUGUUCUCAAAGCACACCUGUUUAUUCUAGUCGUAUUUGAUCAAGGUGUUCUCAAAGCACACCUGUUUAUUCUAGUCGUAUUUGAUCAAGGUGAUUCAACAGCACACCUGUUUAUUCUAGUUGUAUUUGAUCAAGGUGCUAUCAACUCAAAACUACCUCACACUCGUAUCCCCUGGUGUCAGUUCUGUUUUAAGUUCUUGUUUACUGCAGUGAUGACAAUGGAGAAGGUAACCAAAUUGAAAUUUCAGUUUUUUUAGAAUAUGCUAACACCAAAACCAUUCCAAUUGU